AUGAACUCUGUCACUGAGUUUGUCAAGCGUGCGGGCAAUGAGGCCCUCCGCGUCAACCCCACGGUCGCCGACAUCGACAUCACCACCGCUGGUUCCGACUGGCUUUGGGCUGUAUUCUCCGUGAUGGCCGCCUGUGGUCUUGGUACCAUGGUCUGGUCGCUCAAGGUCUCGCGGGGUGAACGUGCCUUCCACUACCUCUCGGCCGCCAUUCUUGCUACCGCCUCCGUUGCCUACUUCUCCAUGGCUUCGGACCUCGGUUCCACCCCGAUCAACGUUAGGUUUCUCCACUACGGCCCUGACUCGGUCAACGGCAUGCGCCCCACCCGUUCGAUCUGGUACGUUCGUUACAUCGACUGGACCAUCACCACCCCCCUCCUUCUCCUUGAGCUCCUCCUCCUUUCCGGCCUUCCCCUCUCCACUGUUUUCAUCGCCAUCUUCUUCGAUUUGGUCAUGAUUAUCACUGGUCUCGUUGGUGCCCUUGUCGAGUCCACCUACAAGUGGGGUUUCUACACCAUGGGUUGCGUUGCCAUGUUCUACGUCUUCUGGAUCAUCUACGGCCCCGGUCUCAAGUCCGCCUCACACCUCGGCGACGACUUCAAAAAGUCCUAUCUCUACUCUGCCCUCAUCCUUACCACUCUCUGGUUUAUCUACCCUCAGAUUGCUUGGGGUUUGUGCGAUGGCGGAAAUGUGAUUAGCCCUAACGCCGAGAUGAUCUGGUACGGUAUCCUUGACCUGUUGGCCAAGCCGGUGUUUACGCUUUUCCAUCUCUUCUCCCUUCGGAGGUGCAACUAUUCGUCGCUCCAUCUCAAGAGCGGCAAGUUUUCUGACUACGAGGACCUCUCUGGUGCCCACUACCGUGGUAUUGGUGCCGAUAAGGCUGCUGAAGCCGGUGCCACUACCAACGCCAACAACACUUCCACUGUCAACAGUGCCCACGCUGCCCCUGCUACUACCAUGCAGCGGACUCAGGUCACCCAGUAA